AUGGAGUCCCAGUAUUAUCCACCUGGCUUCGGGGAUGAAGAAGUGCAAGCAGGUGGUGGUGCAGAUUGGUGGGAGGGAAAUCAGCUAGAUGGUGGAGAUGGAGGGCCAGGACCAGGAAAUAUGAAUGGAGGUACUGAUAUGGGCAACGGGAAUAAUAUGGGAGUGAACAACAAUGGUAAAAAUGGCAAUGGGCCCCCUCCCCGCCCUCAGAAUUCAAACAGCCCUCCCUCGACCACCGAACCCCCAGCUACACCCACCAGCUAUUAUUCUGCGAUAUCUACGAACACUAUUACCACCAGUACCGCAGCUGGCUCAACUAUCUCAUCUUCAUCACCAGCAUCAUAUAUAUCUUCUACAUCUAUAAAUACCAACACUACUAGUACAGUCGAUACUUCAUCUUCAUCCUCAUCUUCAUCAUGUUUUUCUGCAGCUACACCGACAAUUACAACUACAACCUCCAACUCUUCAACAUUGCUUGUACCAACAGCCUCAGCUUCAUCCGCCUCCACCACCACAUCCUCUUCUACGAUUGCCGCGACUCCCCUUUCCAACACUGGAGCCGGCACCCAAUCUGUCGGCGUCACCGUCCUCCCCUCCGCAACCUUAACUCAGCACGGCCUGAGCAAAGGCUCCAUCGCCGGUAUCACCAUCGGAUCACUAGCCCUCCUAGCUCUCAUUCUAACAACAAUAUGGUAUUUCCUCCGGCGCAAGAAGAAGAAUAAACAGCACCGAAAAAGCAUUGGCGGAUUCGGCGUUGCUGAAUGGAACGGUGGUGGAGCGGGAGGCAACAUGUCACAAGUUAACGAAUCACCUUCCUACGACGGCAAAACUACUGCGGGAACGGGAGUACAGAGAAUCUUAACAUGGAAUACCAUGCGCAGUCUCACUGGUACCCGAACUCGCGCUAGUAGUUCCAUUUCUCAGACUCCUUCAUCAUCUUCAACCGCAUCUCAAUCCACACUACAAAAUCCCUUUACCGAUCAACCCCAACUCUCUUCCUUUUCCUUCCCAUUUUCUCCCGCACCACAACCCAAAACCCCCGCUCACCCAACUUCAAAUGCAACGACGGUCGAAGAAGGGCCUCAUGAAGAUAUAGUAGAUUUCGGCGACUCGAUAGAUUGGAUACGUAAGCGAGAUCGCAUGCGAGAUAGAGAAAGGAGUGGAUUGACAGGUCCGAAUCUGGGAAGCGGGUUGGGAGAAGGAAACCAGGAUUGGAGAUAUUCGGUCAGAGUUAAUGGGGGCGGGAAUAAUCUUUAA